AAAUCAGCAGCGCAAGCACAAAUGGGCAGAACGCGUUUUAUGACCCGUUCAUAAGCGCUACGCCGCUUUGACGCUGACGGCAGGCUUGGCUAAAUUCGGUAAUGUAGGGACAUAUUGAGUCAGCUCCAAGAAGCGGCAACAGUGUGCACUGUUGGCGCCGAUUGCUGACGGUCGCGUUGGUCGCAUGGCAGACGUAACGCUGGUUGAACAGCCGCCGGCGCCCAUUUGACGCUUCUGGCGCUUCAGCGGAAGUAGAGCGAAGAGUCACACGAGUGACAACCCAUUUUCGGAGCACUCAAGGAGAGAGCCGUCCGGUUACGUCUACUACUCCUCGCGGCCAUCAGGCACGCCUCCGUCUCGACUUUCUUCUCGAAGAUCGCGCUCCUCUACUCGAUCAUCAUGGUGGCGGGAAGCUUCCACGUGCACACUGUCAUCGAACAUCCAGUGCUCCUCACGUUCUCGCUACUCAUGGUCCUGCUCUCUGCUGCGUGCGCCGUCUCCUCGGUCGUCCUCCUCCUGGGCCUCUGGGCGGACAACAGGACUCUGCUGCUUCCUUGGCUGGUCUCCAUCUCGUUAACCACUUUGCUGGACGUCGUCGUUCUCUUCUAUCUAACGGCCGAAUCGGAUUUCAACCCUUUCAUCGCUGUCCUCUUCAUCACGGAUGUCUUCAUCGCCGUCUUAAACGUGUACUGCUUGCUGUGUGUGUCUUCUCUGUACCAAGAGUACCGGCAUAACAGAGGCAGAACGGUACGCUUUCUUGGAGAGCAGUUUCCAGACAACAUGAAAAGGUCUGCCUGCCGGAAGCACGCCGACGCCGAGGGCAAGUUCUCUCCGACCAAGCCAUCCGUGUUCAUCGCCGAUGACAUGGUCUCGUCGUCAAUCACAAAGCUGAGCACAAGUACAACUCGUCGAUCGUCGGCACUGAGCUCCUGCCGGCUGACUCCGAUCAAAGAGGAGAGCCAAGCUCGGUCCAAUGCACCCGGAGACACGCUGCAUCAGAGCCUGGGCGCCACAGGCAGCGGCGAGAACCUGUCGCACGUGUACCUGGUGUCUCCGAGGCCCAGCCCCAUCGAGAAAGAAGACGAUGACGAUGACGACGACGAGGAAGCCGAGGAAGACGCACAGCAGGACGCCGUCGAGCGCCAGCAACGAGGACCGCUGCCUGUCGCGGAGGUGGUCAGCGAGAGCGUGUACAAGUGGACCAUCUGACGGCUGUUCCGGUGCUAGACGCAUUGCCCCGAAUCGAGAAGCAGCUAUUGGAUCAGUGGCAGCCGUCUUGCAGCCCCCCCCCCCUUUCAAAAAAAACAAGAAAAAAAACAAUCAACACUGGAAGCAAAUGUCAAGAAGGAAUGUCAAAUGCAAAGCAAGAAGACAGCCACGCCGUGCCUUACAUGAUUAUUCGAAAGACAGGGUCUGAUAACCCUGCCGACGAAAUCCUGCCGAAGACUGCAUGUCAUAUCCUGCGGCCAGCAUGCGCAGGAAAUAGUGAUGGGAUCACCCGCUUUAGUUAAUAGCACGCGGCUUCGGAGCAUUGUUGUUUAUUGUUGUACUUUGGACCAUGUAAGAGUUUAAAACAGAGGUCCUCUUUCAUGCGAGCUCUGAAGUUGUGCUUCAGUGUCCGACCAACUUCCAUUACUGCAUAUCGGAAGCAAGGCGAGCGGUAUAAGGUGUCCUAAGAGGAAUUACCUGACUUAAUUUUAUCGUGCAUGUCUUUCAAAGGUAACGCGAAAACUCUCAAAUGCAUUUUUUUUUGUUGGCCAGCCUGCGGCAUCUUCGCAUUGACAUUUGGAAGCCCCAGGGGUUGUAUGACUGAGGAUCUCUGAUCGUGAAAGUUAGCAUCAUAGGUCACAUUGACUGUUCUCGUUCUUUUCGCCUCGAGUUGCCGCAAAGAAUGAAUGUUGUGUGUGAACGAAUUGGGCGAAUUACUUACCUACAGCUGCGUAAAGAAACCACUGUCUCUUGUUGUCCUACUAGUACUGUGCUAUAGAUGCAAUAUGCGCUGGCACCGGUUCUUCGUACAUAGCCUAUGAACAUGCCAAGAGCCAACAAGGUUAACUACCACGAACAUUGUGCUUUGUCUCCAGUGACAGCCCUGUGUUGCUGCUUCACGUGUAAAUAAACGAUCCAUCGGUGAUUCACGUUCGUUGUACGGUAGACAGCUUUAGUGUCAUGGACACAUUGCCGUAUUGUAUUGUGUAACCUCCAAUCAAGACGAGCAACAAUAAAGUGAAUGACGUUGCCCUUUCA